AUGCCGUCCCAACGACCCUACUUCCUCUCCUCCUUCAUCUCCGCCUUCCGCCAGCAGGGCCCCUCCCUGCAGACCACGCAACAGCCAAAUAAGCACAGCAGCCAGGCCUCCUCGUCGGGCGGCCCAUCCGCCUCGGCAAACUACUCGACGGCUGGCUACUCGCAUCACCAUCACCACCACAGCCACCACCACGCCCACGCCCAGACCGCAUCGUCAUCAUCAACAUCAACAUCGCCGACUUCGUCAUCCUCCCCACGAGCCAUAUCCGCGACAGCCGCAGCAGCAGCAGCCGCCGCCGCCGCCAACAUCACGCCCUCGUCUUCACCGACGCCGCAAAACGCCCACACCACCGGCCGCUCCCCCUCGGCAGUGAACGGCAUCCCGAUCCCGAACCCUUCGGGCGCCCGCCGUCGCGGCAGCGACAGCAGCAGCGAGGGCUUCAGGGACGCACUCGGCGCGGACAAGUGGUACAUCGGCGGGCGCACCGCCGGCGGCGAGGAGCGCUUCUUCAAGCUCGGCGUCGUCCGCCGCGUGCGCAGCAACGACGGCUUGAGCCUCGACCGGCUGAGUCUAUGA